GCGGGGUGGCCACGGCGGUGCCUGACGCCCUAGUCCGCGGCCCGGCUUGGGGGGCUGUGCUUCCCCUCCACCCCGCGUUCCAGAGCCGGCCGAGGGGAGAAACAGGUCUGGGUGGGAGGCCGCGAGGAGACCCGCGCGCCGGGGCAGUUUAUCAGGCAGCGCUUAGGGCAGCCCCGUUCAGGGAGGAGGCCCCCGGGGUCUUUGACGGUGAGCGGCGGGGACGGAGCGAGACAGCGGCCAAGAUGAACCUGGAGCUGCUCGAAUCCUUUGGACAGAACUAUCCUGAGGAGGCCGAUGGGACGCUGGACUGUAUCAGUAUGGCUUUGACAUGUACCUUUAAUAGGUGGGGCACUUUGCUUGCAGUGGGCUGUAACGAUGGCCGCAUUGUCAUCUGGGACUUCUUGACGAGAGGCAUAGCCAAAAUCAUAAGUGCCCAUAUCCACCCUGUCUGUUCUUUAUGCUGGAGUCGAGAUGGUCACAAAUUGGUGAGUGCUUCAACUGAUAACAUCGUAUCACAGUGGGAUGUUCUGUCUGGAGACUGUGACCAGAGGUUUCGGUUCCCUUCACCCAUCUUGAAAGUUCAGUAUCACCCCCGAGACCAAAACAGGGUUUUGGUGUGUCCCAUGAAAUCUGCACCAGUGAUGCUAACGCUGUCUGAUUCAAAACAUGUUGUUCUACCUGUGGAUGAUGACUCCGAUCUGAACGUGGUGGCCUCUUUCGACAGGCGAGGGGAAUAUAUCUAUACAGGCAAUGCCAAGGGGAAGAUCUUGGUCUUAAAAACAGAUACUCAGGAUCUGGUUGCUUCCUUCAGAGUAACAACUGGAACCAGCAACACCACAGCUAUUAAAUCAAUAGAAUUUGCCCGGAAAGGAAGCUGCUUUUUAAUAAAUACAGCUGACCGAAUAAUCAGGGUAUAUGAUGGUCGGGAAAUACUAACCUGUGGGCGAGAUGGAGAGCCUGAGCCAAUGCAGAAGCUUCAGGAUUUAGUAAACAGGACACCAUGGAAGAAAUGCUGUUUCUCUGGGGAUGGGGAGUACAUAGUGGCAGGAUCAGCACGGCAGCAUGCCCUGUACAUCUGGGAGAAGAGCAUUGGAAACCUAGUGAAAAUCCUCCAUGGAACCAGAGGGGAGCUGUUGCUAGAUGUAGCAUGGCAUCCUGUCCGACCAAUCAUCGCUUCCAUUUCCAGUGGUGUUGUGUCAAUAUGGGCUCAGAAUCAAGUGGAAAACUGGAGUGCCUUUGCGCCUGACUUUAAAGAGCUGGAUGAAAACGUAGAGUAUGAAGAGAGGGAGUCAGAGUUUGACAUUGAGGAUGAAGAUAAGAGUGAGCCAGAGCAGACAGGUGCUGAUGCUGCAGAGGAUGAGGAAGUGGAUGUAACCAGUGUAGAUCCUAUUGCUGCCUUCUGUAGCAGCGAUGAAGAACUGGAGGACUCCAAGGCAUUGCUGUAUUUACCUAUUGCUCCUGAAGUGGAAGACCCAGAAGAAAACCCUUAUGGACCCCCACCUGAUGCUGUCCAGACCUCCCUAACUGAUGAGGGAAUAGGCUCCGAGAAGAAGAGGCAGUCAUCAUCUGAUGGACCUCAGCCACCAAAGAAGAAACCCAAAAUGACCAACAUUGAACUGCAAGGAGUGCCUAAUGAUGAAGUCCAUCCGCUGCUGGGUGUGAAGGGAGAUGGUAAAUCCAAGAAGAAGCAAGCAGGCAGGCCUAAAGGAUCAAAAGGUAAAGAGAAAGAUUCUCCAUUUAAACCGAAACUCUACAAAGGGGACAGAGGUGCUUUACCUCUGGAAGGAGCAGCGAAGGGUAAAGUGCAGGCGGAGCUGGGACAGCCUUUGACAGGGCUGCUUUGUGAAUUAGUCAGUCAAUUGCUAAAACAGCAGUGCAACAUGUAUUCUUCCUCCGGAAGCUGUUUGAAUGCAUCAUGGAAGUGCAGCAGUCUCUGCAAGUCGGGUGCCUUGAUGAAGUACAGUACAGAUGAAGCACUGCCAUUGUGCUGCCCAGUCUGACAGUAAAUGCCUUUUCUUCAAUUGAAAAUGAGUCACAGUAUAAACAAGUUCAAUUGCCUGGGCCAUUUUAUAAUUUAAGCCUGAAACUGUGCAAAGAAAACUGUUUGAAUCCAAAACCAAGUGGAACUUGUGUUUGAGUUUGGUUGUGUUUUGAUCUGAGUUUGGGGAUUAAAGUCCGAAAUUUAAGCCAGGUAAGUUUGCUUAAGUUCCUGCAAAAUGAGAUCAGAGUUCCUCUAGUCCGUGUCUGGUAUUUCUGUACGUGUUUAGGAUUCUGUGCAUGGACAACUUAAGUGGUGGUAUAAUCACCAAACCAGUGUCUGUCAUGCUUCCGAAAAAUGUUGCGCUAUAUUGAAAAUAUCUGUUUUAGCCUGCUCUUCUGGCAAUGUUAGCAUAUUUGUUGGCCUCCACUUGUUUGGAUUCCCUGAUGAUGAAAUAUUUUUCACCUGUCUUUGAUCUCUUUAGCAGGUGGUGCAAUCUCAGAACUGUUAUGAAGACAUUCUGCUUUCUCUUCCUCUGUUCUUUCCUAUGUUGGCACCAUAAUGUGGAAUAUGGACAAGGUGCUCAGUCAGAUAAUGGACUGACUUUAACUUAAUACAGCAACCUGAUUGCUCGUGGAUCCAGGGAGUGACUUUUAUAAGAAGUGAAUUAUGGAAGAGAAAAUGACCUUCAUUCCUGCUCCUCAACCCUCUCUCCCACAAACAGUGUAAGAUAUUGACUCUCAGGACAGGAGAUUUGCAAAGAAACUGAGUGGACUGUCUCCUUACAGCAUUUGCUAAAGUGAAGCACCAUGCUUUCUUCAAGAUAAACAAAUGGAAAAUGAUUUCUUCUUUCAAAGAUUUUAGUUCUGAAACUGAAGCAUGCCAAGAUUUUUAUUCCCCGGACCAUGUAUCCUCUGACUGUGUAUUUCUAAGAACUUCCAUUUCAUUAACUCUAAUUUCAGUGAAUUGUUGUGUUUCUUUCUUCUCUGCCAUCUCUACAGUACUUUGCAGUGAGUUAAAAGAAAAUCUGUUGAUAUCUUCAUACACACACCCCUUUUGUACCACCACUGCGGGGUGCGUGCAAGGUCUGAUGCCGCACCAUCAGGCAAGGAUUUCGGAUUAGAAGCUGAGAAGCUCUGAAGUCUACAAAGAAUGGGCACUUUAUGUAGUGGUUUGUGGAGGUGAAAGAUGCCAGCUUCAUGACACUGUUUGUUGGUGGAAUUGGGGAGGGAGGAGAUGGAAUAAGUCUAGAUAAAAGACCCAAGAAUUUGACUUUGUUGCCUUUAGGCUGAGGUAUAAAAGGUUGCAUUUUGCUACUUUAUCUCUUUGCCCGCAGUGUUCUUUUUAUAUUGCCAUAGUGUAGGCAGCUGGCUUGCUCUUUUGCUGACCUGUUCUUGCAAGUGGAGAAGAAAGAGAACCCAAUCUUUAUCUCAGAAGAAACUGUAGUAUAAAUACUCAAGCUUUUUUUCAGUUAAAUGUCGAAGACCUUGAAUAAGAGCCAAGAAAAGCCAAUCAUGAAACAGUAGCACAGGUUUAAGAGCCAAGGAUCCUUAUAUGUUGUUUUAAAGUGGUCAGUGUUUUUUUUCCCCCCCUGGGGAAAAAAGGAGAGGGGAAAGAUGGAGAUUUGUGUGUUCUUUCAAAAUCUCAACCUUUUUUCUUCUUCCCAUGUAUGCUUUAAUUCUCUUGUCCCCCAGUGAGCUGUAUAAUGUUGCCAUUGUACUUCUGUGCAAGGAGAACUAGAUGGGAACGUCUCUAAAAUCAGUCAGCAUUGUUCCUUAACAACUGCCCCUGCUGAUGAUUAAGUGACAUAUGUACACAGAAUAGCUCAGUUAUAGAACAUGUACACUGGGCAUUGUUGCGGUCAGGCUCAAGCCACCAUUUGGAGUGCGCCACAGUGAUGGUCAGGAGAGAACUUCUUGCAGACUAGUAGAGAUAGAAAAUUAGGCAGCGGAUGUCUUGCAAAUUAUACUCCUGGUUCUUCAGUGUGCUGAGUACCCUCAACUCUCAUUGAACUCAGUGGCGUUGAAGGCUCCUAAUACUUUUCAGGGAGUGCUCCGGAUUGUGUAAGAAAGGACCCUACAUAAAUAACAUUACUAUCUUAGCUUGAGUAGCAAAAAUGGACCGUUGGACUUGCUCUGACACACAGUUUUGAAAAAAAGGGGCUUUGGGGCUAGUUUCUGCGUGCAGUCUAGGAGAUCAGUUGUUACUUUAAUUUGUACAGGGUUUGUGUAAUAUUUUUCAUAAGUGCUUACUUGUUUAAUACUUUUUAAACCUGAGACAGCAUUAUGGGAUGUCAUCUUUCAUGGUGCUAUCACCUAGAAUGACAAAAAUUGGCAGGUGUGUUAGAAUGAUGCUACCUUCUGAAUCGCAACCCAUAAGUUUGUGUGGCUGCUCAUUCUUUCCAUUUCAGUUGUAGAUGACAAACCACAGGUGACAGAUACACACAGAAGUCAUGGAAAAACUGACGUUUAACAGUACCAUCUCCCCCAAUAACCUCCUUAUAUUCUCAGGAUUAUCUGAGCUACACACAUCUGAAUUUAAGGUGAUCCUUAUUCAGUCCCUGAGUUGAAGGGACUCUGUUCUGCUUGGGACAUCAUAGAGAUUCUCUUUCUCCAUCCCUGCCUCCUUCCAGGUGACACUAGCAUGUUAUUGGACUUUUUAUGCAACAAAUUAAAAUAGAGCUUUCAGUCUUAGUGCCCCUCAUUGGUCAGGGUGUGUUACACUUGCUUUUCAGCUACGUUAAUUUAUUUCCUUGGCUUAGUAAAUUCAACCUGUUUUCACGGCUUCUUUGAACUUCCAAACAUCCUUCAUACAAAAGUAUCCACUCGUACCAGAAGCCCAAGAGGUGAGUCAGGCAGGUACCUGUUAGGGCUAAUUUAAGCAAAGCAGCCAGCAGCAGCACUGGAAAUAAACAAUGGAAGGUGAAGGAACACUCUAAAUAAGUAGUUCAUAGGAACAAAACCACUGGCUUUCUUAACUUGCAGUCCAGUGGCUUGCUUCAUUUAAUGAAACUAUUUUUGAUUCCACCCUCACAUUUACUCUAAUAAGCUUUCUUUGCCCUUUGAACUCUCUGGACAGCUCAUUUCAUACCUUAAACUCUUAUGGUGUGUCUGAAUCCAUCACAGCCCUACCGCUGCCCAGGUGAUGGCUCUGAAGUUUGUUUUAAGGCAUAUGAAUUGUCAUGGACUCCAGCCUUCAGUGUUGAAUGCUUCUCCAAUUGUACAGUGUAUGUCCUUCAUUUAUUUUCCUCUGUCUUUUUAAUUCAUUAUUUUGAUAUCUCUGUAGUUUUUGUACAAAAUGUGUCAGAUAAUGGCCAGUUAUACAACAGAGCAGUGAUAUUAGCUUCUGUGUUUGUAAAUAAAGAGGUAUGUUUUAUUUCUUAAA